AUGGCAAGCGUGCCUGGGUUGAAAAGGCGUGUGGUUUCCGCCAUCAUCUUGGUGACCGUCUGUUUUGUCACGAUCAAUUUCUGGGAUGAUCCAGGUCCAGCGGGGCAAUGUGCGCCUCCUUUCUUGGGAGCCAGUUGUGGGCUCUUCCUCGGCGUCAUUCAUUUUCCCGGAAGCGGGGUCACCAGAGGCUCCCCGCGGGCAUGUAAAGUGGCAGCCUGCGCUCUGAUUAUCGCAUCCACAGUUUUUGCGGGAUCUUACCCAUGGCAUCAGAUGCCCGCUGUUGGCGGAGAGUUAGGGGAGAAAUCAGAUGUGUGGCGCAAGCGUUGGGUGAUGCUAGCUGCAGUCGCCAUCCUGGCCCUGAUUUGCGUGGCCUGCAUCCUCAAGCCACACCCACCCUCUACUUACGCGCACGAUGCGAAGUGGUGUGUCUUCAGCCUGUGGCUCUGCAUGAUGGUGUACCCCGCAUAUUACGUUUGCAAAGGGCACGGCUACAUAAAAUCCGGCGACUGCCUGGUGGCAUUGACGCUCAGCAUGGAGAGCGUCGUUCUUGGCUGGAUUGUCUGUAUCUUCCAAGCACGAAUGGUGGGCAUGAGAUCUAGACACACGUCAGGCAAAAUCGAUUCUCAGAUAUGGAUCCUCGUGAUGAGCGGCGCCUUCUUCUGCCUUUCCCUGGCCAUUGCAGUGAACCGUGCAGUGGGGACAAACUCAAAAGAGGGCCUGAUCAUGCGCAUCUGUGUCCAGUGUGUGUUCCUCAGCCUGUGGGCCUGGUAUACUUUCGACGUUUGCAGGAGCUUGUGGCGUGGUCUGCGUCUGCUGCAGAUAGAGACUGGGCGUGUGAGAGGGCUUCCUAAACGGCAAGCCAAAUGGGCAUCAAAAAUAGUCUGCAUUGAAUUGCUGCUCUGCUUGCUCCUGGGCACCUCUACGUUUGCGACCUGGUUUUGCAUCACCAUCCUGAAGUACGUGCAGCUAAUGGACUUUGAUGCCUACAAAGAUUUCAAAGCCACGCCAUGGGGACUCUCCCUGAGUGUAAUGCGGCGACUUGAUGUUGGCAUCAACUCGCUCUCGCUGGCCCUGCUCUCUGGCAUCCUGUGGCAGGAUGAGCCUCCGAGUGAUGAAGACGCAGAGACACGGAGACGCUCAAGCUCACGAGGGCUAACAUCCACGUCAGAACAUCUGGGAUUGGAUGAUAAGGAAGUUUACAUGACUGCCGUCCGGCAGCUGGCACGACGUGGCUUCCGCUUGAGCUCCUUGCUAGACUUCUGGGAACGGCUCCUGGAAGGUGACGACUACAUGCCACACUUUGACCCCCGAUAUUCCCUGACGAACGACGUAGUGCGCCAGGCCAUCAUCCCCAGAUCAAGAAUCGGAGACGACGGCUUUGCACUGGCUUCUCUAUGGUCUGAGGGGCAAGGGAUGCUUCCACGGACCAUGGUGACGCACAAUUGGACUAACACCUUUGCCAACUUGGUGGCGGGAAUCCUGGCAGAUGCCAUCGGCUGCAGCACGUAUGACGAAAUUGUGGCGCAGAUUGUUACCAAGCCUGGCUUCGCGCGGAUAAAGGAGGACCUGGGGGAGAAGCUGGACCUCACCUACUGGGUGUGCGCCUUCUCUGUGAAUCAGCAUGCCAGCAUUUGUGGAGGCUUCGGAAGAGAGCCUCCACCAAACACCUUUGAGUGGAAAGCGUGGCAUGCGAAGACCUGUGAUUCCGUCACUGGCCAGCCGUUCACACCUUGCACGUGCAAGAUGGAGAAGAUCUUCUGCCACGAGGACAAUGAAGAUCCAAGAUGUGAGCUCAACAAGUUUGACGACAUGAUGCAUCAUAUCUACGUGGAGGAAAAAGUCGCAGGCUUCGGCCAAUUGAUCGUCGUAGACAACCACUUUGAGGUGCUGUACAGGGCAUGGUGUGUGGCGGAGAUUGUGGAGGCCAACGUCCUGCAGAUUCCCUCACGAAUAGAGGUCCCCUCGCAAGAAGCAGUUGACCGCAAUUACGACAGACUUGCUCUAUUGGAUGUUCGUGAUUGCUCUGCUUCAUCCCCGCGUGAUAAAGCCAUGAUUUUGUCAAAGAUCGCUGACGUUGCUGCGUUCAAUGAACGAUUGCAGGACCUCGUUUUCAGCAGUGAGACCGGACUGUUUUCAAAGUGGGUUGAUGGUCAAGAACGUUCGCGACAAGUCGGGAGGAUUCUGAGGCGAUGUUCCCUUGGGCUGCAUGACGAAGUUCAUCCGCCUUUCCGCUCUUAUGGCUGCUGUCCGGUGGGUCCAGUGGUGGUGGGUGCUCUUAGACGUCACCAUGACUCCGAUUCUGACGAUGCGACCUCUGAGGAGGAGUCGGCAACCGAUACAGCUUAA